AUGCAAUAGAGAAUAUUAUCUCCAAUCUUAUCUUGAGUUUAUUUUUACCUGAACAAACAGCUAUAAAGAAAUUCAUAAGAGAGCCAUAUGCUGAAGCAAAGGUGGAUGUUGAUAGUAUGAGAACAAUGAAAUAUUCACCAAUGUAUCAAGUAACCUUUAGUCUCAUGAAUGGAGACCCUUCAACUCUACUUGUGGAUUGGAAUAUUAAACAAGCAGUUAUAAAAUAUUUAAAGCCAUUUGUCGACAAGAUUUCAAUUAUUUCCAAUUUGACAGUAGAUUCGCAAAUUCAACAUUAUGCACGAUUAACUUUUGAGCCACAAAAUGAUGAAAACUACUUUUAUCUUACACCAGAUUUAUUACCUCAUUUUAUCAAUGCAGCAGAAUGGAAUCUUGCCUCGGCUGUAUCGUCUUAUCCAACACUUAAUUUUAUUUUGUAUGUUCCUUCCAAGGAUCAGAGUCCAUUAUACAUUAAAGAUUCAAAAG